AUGAUAAUACUCAGACUCUGUCUUUUCUCCAUUCUUAAAGACAAGCGCAAGGACACCCUAACCUUGACAUUGACAAUUACUUUAUCUCUCCACGCUUGCUCAACCAUUUCACGGAACCAGGGCGCCAGACUGUCGACAAAAGCCAUAGCUUCCAGCCGGAGUACCGUCCUCUCUGCACGCAUUAUUGUUGUGCAGCCUCUGCAUUGCAUCGGCAACUUCUCCUUCAUAAUAGGAGCCGCACGACGCUGCGGAGGAGGACCGGAGUGUGAUUGGUUGCUUAUCAAACUGCUGGAACUACUUACACCAGCGAUCGACCUUAGUCGAGCUGUCAGUACUAAAGCCGUCAUUCAUAUCGCGAACAUUCCGUAA